AUGGUCAAAGGCUGCUUCUGCGACUGUUUUGGACCCAUGUCCCGCGAGGACCCAUACGAUAAACCACUGGAUCCAGAAGAUGUCAGACGCUGUCUUCAGAAGGUCAGGGAGAACCAGGCAGCAAGGGAAAUGGCUCGUGAACCACUUGUCAGCCACCCACCACCACCAUCAGCUCUCCCACCAAUGGUCUCUGAAUCCUACUCGGCUCCGUACUCCCAGGCUCCGCCCAGUGGGAUGAGAUACCCAUCAGCACCGCCCAUGGUAUACCGCCCACCGUCGCCACCGCCAGCCUACAGUGCCAUCGACAAGACCCCAGCCAUGCAUUCCUCACAAAUCUAA